GCCAAUUUUCUUACUUUUUAUGACAACCAUAGAGCUGUGAGCACUGAAUAAGUUAGGAAUUGGUCUUAUUAACGGACGCCAAAAUAACCUUUUAUCGCCAUUCACCGGUCAACUAACAACAAUUUAUUACCGCUGUGGUCUGUUCGGAAUGAAUCUGAUCGAGUCGUGUUAUAUAUUAGAAAUUUAAUAUUAUUGUUAAAAGUUAUUUUUGUGUGAGUGUAUAAAAUACUGCAGAGAGCUGUUUUUGCAGCGGCUUGGUUCUGAUAUUGACGAACUAUCAUCUGGUAGAACAACUAUAUAAUAGACAUAUACUUAAGAAUCAUAUAGUUGUAUUGAGGACAAAGUUUUUAAAUUGAAUUUACUAUGCUUAUUGAAGACUCUGAAGCUCUAAAGAGCUGGUUGAUUUCAAAUCUCUCUAAAAUCUGCGAUGCUGAUCCUGCUGCCCUAGCCAAGUAUAUUUUGGCUCUUGUUAAGAAAGAAAAGCCCGAAACAGAAUCACGAGCUUUUUGUUUAGACCAGUUAGAAGUAUUCCUGGGGAAAGAAACUCAAGCAUUUGUAGAUUUGCUGUUUGAAACUUUGAAAACUAAAGUCUACAUUUCAUCAAACAAAUCUUGUGCCAAAUCGGAUACAUCUGAUUCUGUUGUGACAUCUGCUAAUUCAAAACUAGUUUCAUCUCCUGAAAGAAAUUUUCCAUCAUCAAAAGGACAUGAAUUAAAAAAGAAACCAGAUAUAAGAAACCCACUUCCUAAAAAUUUUUCAUCUCAAAAGACCGGAGACAAUGCUAACUAUAAGUCAAAUGCAAGACUCUACAACAAAAGGUGUAAAGAUUAUGAUGAAAAAGGAUACUGCAUGUUAGGAAGUUUGUGCCUUUUUGAUCAUGGUGUUGACCCUCUUAUUGUUGAUGACGUUUCCAUGUUAAAUUUUCAAGUGCCUGGUAACCAAGCCAAUGAAAAAGCAGGUGGUCCUUCGACAAAACCUCCUUUACCGCCUACUCCUCCACCCCCACCUCCGCCUCCACCUGGAAUACCUCCUCCUGGUUUACUUCCUUUGCCACCAGGUUCAUACAUCCCCGAACCAUAUAAUCCAGAAGCUCCUGCUAUAAAUCCUCCAUCACAACAAAUGAGUUUUUUUCCACCUUUGCAUUUACCUCCUCCUCCUAUCGCUGGUCUACCACCCCCUUCAUCUGGGAUGCCAAAUUCAUAUGAAAGUUCUUCAUUUCCACCGUACAAACCUCAAAGAACCAGGGAAUUAAUAGGAGUUCCCAUUGUAAAAACUGAUGACAUUGCCAAAGUGAUAGCUAAAGAUUCUGAAAAACAUUCAAAUUCUACUAAAGAUUCUACUGUAUUAACUACAGAUGGUAUAAACAAAAUUGAAAAGAAGAGAAAGUCCUUUGAUUAUUCUAGACUUGGAGGUCCAGUUUCUAAAAUGCAAAAAACAUCUAAUAGAUGUAUUUUAGAAGUAAGAAAAGUACCCAGGCAUCAAAAUACCAUUGAAGCUUUAAUUGGUCAUUUUUCAAAGUUUGGAACUGUUGUUAAUUUGCAGGUGGAAUAUAAUGGAGAUCCCGAAGCUGCAUUAAUCCAGUUCCGCAGUGAAAAGGAAGCGCAUGCAGCUUACAGAAGUUCAGGUGCCGUCCUCAAUAAUCGUUUCAUUAAAGUUUUUUUCCACAGUCCUAAAGAGAAGGAAAAAGAUGAAAAUUCAGAGGAUAAAAAACAAGAAACACCUGUUGAUACAGCAAAAAGUCAAGUUGCUGUCCCGGUUAGUAAGACCAUUGUACUCAAACCUCCAAAGCCAGUCUUCAAUCCAGCUGCAAUGAAGUUGAAUAAUGUUAAGGCCCACCCAGUUCAGAAAAUUAUACAGGAUCCAUAUGCAAAACGACUUGAACUUCAAAAGAAGAGGCAAGAGAUAUUAGACCACCAAAUACAGAGCCAGAAAUUACUUUUGCAGAAACUCACCAAGAGUAAAAAUCCUGAAAAAAGAAAGGAGUUGAAGAAGUUGAUGAAUGAAAUGUCAGACAAGAUUAAAACAUUGCAAGAGGAGAUCAAAGCAGAGUCAGUUGCAUUAAACAGAAGUCGGCAGAACAAUUCUGAGAAUGUUCAAUCAUACAUCAAUAAAAAGGAUGCGGCAAAGGAAUUAUUGGAUGCAGAGCUAGAGCUGUAUAACAAAGAGCGUAAGGGUAUGGAGAAAACCGAAGAAAGGAUACAGCUAUUGAAAAAAGUUAAUGAAUUGAAAGCACAAGAUCCAGUUGAUAAACAACUUGAACUUCAUAAGAGGCAAGAGAUAUUAGAUCAACAAAUACAGACCCAGAAAUUACUUUUGCAGAAACUCACCAAAAGUAAUAAUCCUGAAGAAAAAACAGAGUUGAAGAAUGUAAGAGCACUUAAUUCAUUGCAUAUGUCUAAAAAGCUUGGGAAAAAAGGAUUUGUAUCCCCUCAAUACCGAAAAGUGACAUUUCAAAAUAAACCUCCAUCUUUGCCUGAUCAAUCACCCAAAGAAGUAUCCACUCCUAGUAAUCUACCAGAAAGUCAAGCUGAUGCUAUUCCUAUGCUCAGUAAUGAUGACAAAGAAGAAGAUCCUGUUGUUAAUCCAAUUUCGGAGGAGCCUAAGGUAAUUGAUGAUGAAGAGGAAGAGGAAGAAGAUCCUGAGGAUCGCUCAUGGAGACGAUAGCCGAAGUAUAAAUAAACUAUUCAAAGACUCAUCAUAAACUCAUCAUUCCUAAACGAGAUAAAUGUUUAAAUACUGAUAUCCAUGUUUUUUACAUGAUGUCUUGGGUGAUAUUUUAUUUUCGAGAAAUUAUGAACUUCAGCUGUCAUUCUUCUUGUACAUAUUUGUAUAUUUUAAAUUAAAGUUGAUUUUUCUUGGA